AGUUGUCGUCUGCUCGGGGUCGGCUUGGCAACAAGAAGACGCCGUUGAUUAAAUGUUAGCUUAUUGAUCAAUUAUUCACGAAAUUAAAGACGUUCGCGUGAUGUUGAACUAUUAAAUGAACAAAUGGAUGGUCACUUAAAGCUUUAAUAAAUACUUGAGCAUUAUUUAUUUUAUUGGUGAUUUGUGUUUUGUUUGCCAACUUUAAGCGAUAUGGCUUAUCGUGUGGAUACUGGAAUGAGAUUACAUCUCGAAUCGCCAAGAAAAUUACCAGUUUUACCUGCAGGAAAGUGUUUAGUCGCUCCCGAUGCCUCUAAAUCAAUUUCAACCCGUGAAGAACAAAUAAACAAUUGGGCUUAUGAAGCUCGAAAUAGAUUACAAAAUAUUUUGGAUGCUAACGAUAAAGCAAGAUUCUCAACAGAAAUAAAGGAACCAAAAGAAGAAGAUGUUCAAGAAUUAGCCGAUAGUUUAAUUGCUCUUUUCAUUGAUGCAAUGAAAAAGAAUACGCGAGAACAUUGGGAGUUUAUUCGAGAUAUUCUUCCAUUAUGCAAACCUUUUAAAGAAUAUUUAAUAAGAAGACAUUCACUUAUUCAUUAUCUUGAAAGAGUAAGACAGCAUAUUAAACAAUAUCAAGAAAAAUUCUUUGAUUUACAUAUAACCGAAGCAUUAAAAAUGGUCUUUUACGAAGAUUAUCUUGCUAUUGAACGAUACGAUUCUCAACCUAAAAACUCUUAUAACGAACCAGGACCUCCUAGAUCACAGUUGGCACAAUCUAGUGAAGAGCCUAUAACCAAUUUUCAAAAUUGGUCACCGAAAAAGAAAUUUAAAGAUCCAUUUCGUGGAAUUCCAGUAAGAAAAAAAGAUAAAUAUGUAAAAAGUAUGAAACCUUUAACAUUCAAGGAUUUAAAAGAGAGUUUCUCAAAUGUAAUUUUGCAAAUGGCUUCCAAUGAAGCUAUUUGGAAUUCGACUAAUAAUUUUCUUGCUAUGGCCCAUGGUGCCGAAUCUAUUAACGAUGAAGAUGAAAUAAAGGAAGAGGAAUCAGAUUCGGAUGAAGAGAGAAUAUGCGUACCUACGCCGAGAAUUUUAGCAAACGCUAAAAAGAUUGUACCUGAUGUUGAGGUAGGAACAGUUCCUGAGAAUUUAAGUGGACGAGAAGCUGUUGAAUAUCUAACAAAGAUGAAAAAUCUAGGAAAAAUACGAUGUGUCUACUUGAAUCUAAAAGCAUCCGAUAAGCAUUAUAGACCUUAUGAUUUAAUAAGUGUGCCAAAAGAUAAGGUGAACCGUGAGCAUUUUGUAUUUUCCGUAUUUGGCGUUUUACAUGUUGUGGCAAAUCAACCGUCCGAAACUUUAUUAUUAGAAGAAUGGUAUAAAUACGCAGUAUUGUGGGAAGCAUGUUCAAAAAUUGCUUUCUUUAAGAAUUUCCUUGUUAAAAAGAUGUUUCAACGUUGGCUGCAUAAUUCCAGUAAAAAGAAAUUUUGUCGUAUUAGAAAAAAUGUUUUAACUACUCAUUUGCAAUCCGUAAAUAGCUAUGGUUCUGCACUACUACAUGUUUAUAGAUUGUGUAAUGAAUGCCUACGAUUACAGUUUUUACCAGACGAUAUAAGAAAAUCGUAUCUUCUAUCCGAAUUUGAGGAUGAUGUUGAAGCAAAGGCCAUCGAGGCUAGGGAAGUUUUGGAAAAGUUUGUUAAAUACAAUCAAAUAGUACUAGACGUUACAACUGAAGAAUGUUUCAAGAGAUUAAGACAUUGCAUGGAACAGAUGAGCUAUCAGCCAGUUUUUUCUAAAGACUCAAUACAUCUGCAAAAGAAGAAACAUUUGCAAAGAAUGGAUAAUCUAAGAGUAGCUAAGGACGAAGCUAGGCGAUUGGGUAACUUAGCGAAGCUCAUUGAUCAACUGCUACUCGCUCAUCUUGUUCAAAUUGCACGCGAAAGUGUUGUAUCAUUCGUUAAAGAUAAUCUUAAUUGCGGUACAAAUGAUGAUAGAGACGCUUUUAUGAAAUGUUUUCUCGUAUUCGAAUCCGACCAAUUAACUAUUUCGCCAAAUUACGAUCGUCUAAAGUCAAGCUUAAGAAAAACUGUGACAAACGUUGCUGAUUUAUUAUCGAAAGCUGCUGAAAAUAUUGAUGGAGCUAUUAAGGUAAAUGUACCAGAGACUGUUGGAAAUGAGGAUGUUAUGUUAGCGGAGAUGUCUUUCACUCGUCGACCUUCUAAAAGAGAUAAAAAAGCUGCUGAUAAACGCCGAAUUAUGUCACCUCCCAACAUAAAAAUUGAAGAAUUGCCUACUAAGGAAAACGAUGAUAUGGGUCAGAAAACUCCUCCUCUAGUCAAACCUCCAGAAGCCGAGAAAGAUUUAAUGAUAACCGGUGUUGGAUUCAUAGGACAAUAUUCACCUUUAAGCAGGGGAAAUCUACAACAUAAAUUAGACAAUGAUGACUUCUAUCAGGAAUCAUUACAACUCGAAGAAAGUUUAGUUGAUGAAUCGUUAAAGGAUAUUGAAGAUUUUUGUAAUAGUAACGCCUGGUUAAAUGAAAUAUACGCUUUCGCGAGUAAAUGGAAGAGUAAUCAUGUCAAUCAGUGGAAAGAUAAAGCUGCUUUUACAAUUGAACAAAAACUGAGCGAAAUUAAGCAAUAUAUUGAAAAAGUUAAAGCAUUUGACAAGUUAGUUAUAUGCGAAAAUGGUCUCUUUUGCGUUGAUUGUACAGGAGUGCACACAUAUCUUAUUCCAAGGUUAAAUGGAGCUUAUAAAGAUUUAUGCAAUUACGUUGGUAGUGAGGCAAAUAGUAUGGCUAAAUCAUUGACAAAUAUCCUAAAGGAAGCGUGUACUAAAAUGGAGGAUAAAUGUACAGACGUUGCAGGUUUUGCUGCUUUUGCUAGAACUGUAAAUGAAUGUAAAGCUAACGUUGGAAAUUUUAAUAUUAAAGUCGAUUAUAUAAAAUCUCUUUACGAAGUUGUAAGACAAGCUGGAAUUUCUGAAAAAGUUGAUAAUAGCGAAGAGAAACUUUACGAUACUUGGCAAACAUUUGUUGUUGCUUUACAGGAAGCCGUUGAGUUUGUCAACACCCAUACACCAAUUAUCAGUAGUAAUUUGGAGGAUACAUACGCCAAUCGGUUGAAAAAAGCAAAAACCAAACAAGCAAUACACGAAGCGUCUCAAAAACCAAGUGAAUUUAUGAAAUUGGAAGAAACUAUUAGGGAAUUAUACGAAACGGCUACUUCGGGAAAGUAUUUGGAUCAUACUCAAGAUCCUACUGAUAUGAUUAUUGAAUUGCGAAACUUGAGAGAAAAAUUCGUUGAGAUUGAAAAGAAGAUGGCUGAAGCUAGUAAAUGGAAGGAAGCAAUUGUUGGCGAAGGAUAUGACUUAUCUUUUCUAGUUGAAAUGGGAUCUAGAAUGGAUGUUCGAUUAGAAUUAUGGAAAUACGUUCAAGUCGCUUCAAACAGUAUUAAUGAAUGGAAGAGAAUGACAUUGAAUAAAUUCAACGCUCGAAAGGCUCUUGACAAACUUACAGAAUGUUUAGCUGCAACUGGUCAACUUAGACAAGCCGUUUCCCCGGGAGAUAAAGUUGUUCGUCAUCUAUACGACAUUUUAGCAGAUUUUCAUUCAGUUGUACCAAUUUUAUAUAAACUGGAGAAUUCGGCUUUAAAAGCCCGACACUGGAGAGCCAUCUUAGUUUCAAUGGGACAAAUAUACAAAUCGGAUUAUAAAUAUACAGUUGAAGAGUUAUAUUCUUUCGAUUUGAAGAAGUAUGAGAAACAAAUUGAUGAUAUUUACGAAAAGGCCCUUAAGGAGUUUGACGUGGAAAAUAGACUUGAAAAAGUUCUCGAAGUAUGGGUUGAUCGUAAAUUUCUCUUGGCUAGGCCUAUACCUAAAAGUGAAAGUUUAAGAGCUAGAACGCCAUCUGUUAAACAAAAAAAGAGUAGUUUAGAACAGUAUAGAGAAGCUGUACAAUCUUCGACAACUUUAAGUAAAAGGAAACUUAAAAUAAACUAUGAAGAAUUGUUUAUGCUUAGCUCUUUAGAAGAUCUUCGUUUCCUGUUGGAAGAUGGAAGAUUGCAACUGCAAUGUAUGCUGGAAUCUGGAAAUUUAUGCGAUAAUGAGAAAAAUGCUAGAGAUUUUUACAACGACCUGUUAUAUGUUGAUGAAAUUCUUGAACUUUGGCAAAAAGUUCAGGAUAAGUGGCUUUAUUUGUUAAAAAUCUUUGACGAGCCUUUACUUUACCGCAAGUUUUACAGUCAAGCAAUACUAUUUGAAUACAAUCAUUCUUUAUGCAUGGAAGUUAUCAGAAGUAUACAAAUCGAUCCUCUGGUAAUAAAUGUAGCGCCAAGACCAAAAGGAGUCAAAGGUCAUAGAGUUUUGCAAGGGGAACAAUUAGCCCAUCAUUUAAGAUCGAUUAUAACUCGUCAAGAAAAUAUAAUAGCUAGUUUAAAUAGCCUAUUGGAUAGUACAAGAAGGGAGUUUCCAAGAUUAUAUAUGGUAUCCGAUGAUGAAUUGACGUCGAUCAUUUCUCUCAGCGACGAUCCUAGAUCGCUAAUGCCUCUUGUUAGGAAAUUAUUCGCUGGAAUUCGUAAUCUUAGAUUUUCUCUGCCAAAAAAUUUACCAUCAAUUAAUCAAACUUUAGAUAUGGAAUUGAACGCUCGCUUAUUAGAAGUCUCUGGAAUGGUGUCGACCCAUCAAGAAGAAGUUGACCUUUUAGAGCGAAUACAGCCAGCCGAAAAUAUUUCGGAGUGGUUAUCGAAAUUAGAAAGAGUUUCCAAGAAUACUAUUCACAGUCUUCUGGAGGGUUGCAUGGAAACAAGAAUGGACAAAGAUGAGGAACCUUAUACCAUAUUAGAACAGCUUGAAAAGGCGAAAGCAUCCAAGGACGAUGUUGAAAAAAUUGUGGUUAAUAUAAAAAGUACUUUUGAACAUUGGCUCUUGCGAUUUCCUCUGCAAUGCGUUCUCUUAUCGGAAGCUAUAAUCUGGUCCGAAUCUGUUGAUAACGCUUUAAAAGAUGGUCUAGAAAACGAAUUAAGAGAUUUAAGAGGUAAAAAACGUCAUUGUAUCGAACAAUACGUAACAGUUGUCAGGGAAAAUAUGCAGAAAGAGCUGCAAAAUGAAAACGAGAAGAGAUUACACACAGUCUUGUACUGUCUAAUAUCUCAAGCUCUUUAUCAUAGGGAUAUUAUUGAAAAUAUACUGGCGAAACCAAGUGUGGAACCCAACGAUUUUGCUUGGUGGGCUUCAAUAAGAUACGAGGCUCAUACUGAAACCAAUCUAAGCCCAACUAAUUGUGGAAAAUCUAUUAUAAAUCGUCAAAAAUUAAGAGAAAUUGAAGUUCAUCAAUUGGAUCAAACUUUCCGUUAUGAAUACGAAUAUUUACCCCCCACUCAACGUCUUAUCAUAACACCUCUCACUGAAAGAUGCUUUAUCGGCCUUUCAAAAGCUAUUAAAGAUUUUAGAUUUCCUUCAGUCUGCAGUGGAAAGGGAUUUGGUAGUUCCUCAACUGUAAAAGAAUUCCUUUCUAUAAUUGGUCGUCCAGCUUUUACUGUUCAAUGCAGUAAACUUACAACCGUAGAUACGCUAACAAGAUCAGUUAUAGGAGCAUUGAGCUCCGGAUCUGGCGUCUUCUUCGACGAUAUGGAAUCUCUUUCUAUCAAUAACUUAUCGUUGCUAGGAGAUUAUUUCCAAACGAUUUCGACUACUAUGACCUUGCUUAAUUCUCAAGACGAAAGUGAAUAUUUGAGAAGAGGUCGAGCUAGGCACGACAUGACUUUUGUUCAGAAUGACAAGCUCUUACCAAAUAAUAGCGAAUCUUUGGUAAUUCGUCGAAAUUCUUUGAAUACUCUUCAUUCUUUACCGUCAAAUCCAAUUCCUGUUGAACGCCAAUUAACAGUACCGCACGGAUUUAACGAAGAUGGCUUACAUACGUACUUUGAAAAUACUUGGAUUAAAGAGAAGGAAUCUAGACGACAUUCUGUUUAUAAGGAAAUAGGAGUAAGAGAUUAUCUAGCAUUUGGAAUUAAUAACAAAAAGAUGCCCUUCGAAUAUGAAUCAAUUUAUGAAACUGCAAUUGCCCAACAAGAAUCCUUUAUAUAUAAUUGGACGUAUAAACCACAUUUUUGCGGUCAUGUGAUUAUUAAUGGAAAGUUAGUUAGAACCAACUCAACUGUAACAAUAUUCACAUCAUUGGAUUCAAAUAGAAAAGUUCAAUUACCAAGUAAUUUAUUGAGCUAUUUAAGGCCGGUUUCUCUUAAAGUUAUGGAUUUGAGAAUUAUUAUUGAACGAUACCUAUUUUCCAGUGGAUUUCCAAGUGCUUCAAAUUUAGCUAAAAGAUUCUCAAUUCUCCUUGAACUAGUAAAGGAACAAUUAAAGGACGUCUACACUGGAUUUACAAUCAUAAAGAGUAUAUUACAAAUAGCCAGCUCUUAUUAUCAGUAUACCCUACAAUUGCAGGCUUCGAAAAGUGAUGGAUCAAUAGACUAUGAGAGAGAUGAAGAAGCGUCUCUCGUUAAAGCUAUUCGAAAUGUUCUCUCCUCAAAAUUGAACAUAGAUGAUUCUCAGAGAUUAAAUGAGUUAAUAAGAGAUUCUUUCCCUCAUAACUCUAGACCUAGAUCGGCUGAAUUUGAUAUGAAAUUCACUAAUAUACUUGAAGAACAGCUCAGAUUGAGAAAAAUGACAGUUAGGAAGCAAAUGAUAGAUAAAAUUAUGCAAUUGUACACUGCUAUUCAAACUAAACAACCAAUACUAAUAAGCGGAAUAGGAGGUAGCGGGAAGACCACUAUGUAUACUUUAUUAGCCGAUUCCUUAACAACUUUGGCAAAGGGAGGUGAAAUUGUAGAGAAAAAAGAAAUUUCAAUGGAACCUCAAAGGGGUUUAAGUGUUCACAUGGCAAACAAAUUAAAGGUAUUAAAAUCCUUACCAACCGAUGAGAAAAUUGAACAGCAAGCUAAAAAAUGGCAAAAAAUUGGCGCAAAAGCUGGAGCAACUGCGGAUGUUCAAGCUGCAAUGGAAGUUAGCGCCCACAGUAGUACAAAAUGCGUUGAAGGUGUUCAAGUUGAUCUAGAAGUUAUUUUACCAAACGCCUAUUCAAGUGAAGAUUUAGUCGGAUAUUAUAAAGGUCGUACAUUCCAAAGAGGAAUAUUACAUACAAUCUUCACAGCAGCAAAUGAACAAUUGGAAGUUUCCAAAAAGUCGUCUUUAAGGAAAUUACCCGGAGAUGAUGGAAAUAACUCAGCAACAAGCAACCUUCUACAAAAAUGGAUUAUUUUUGAUGGUGAUUUAAAUGCCCAUUGGCUUGAAUCAACCUCAUGCGUAUUCGAUCAAACGAGAUGCCUAAGAUUACCCGAUUCUUCAACUAUUUUCCUUAACGACGGUAUUCGCCUAUUAUCCGAAACAACGAAUACUGAUAAUGCAUCUCCAACUUUAUUUGGAAGAUGCUACGUUGUUCAUUGCUCGGACGGAGAAAGUGUAUUUUGGCGCGAUCUGCUGGAUCGAUGGCUGGGUGAUGCAAGACAAAAAUGGGUAUUAAAUUCUGCUAGUGAGCAGUUAAUGCAGACUUUUAUAUCGUUCUUAUUUAAUAAUCUAUUACAAAAUGAGUCAAGCAAUUCCUGGACGCAUUGCUUAUUUGAGUACUCUUCGCCUGAAUUUAGGAGGAAGAAUACUUCAAGUCUUGGAAUAUUUGAAAUAGCUUCUUUUACUUCUUUAUUGGGAGCUAUUUUCGAUAAAUUCCUUUCCCGAAAACAUUGGGAAAAGGUUUCGGAGGAGGAUAGCAUGAAGAGGAAGCCUGAAGAUCUAAUACAGAAUUAUUUACUUUUACUCAGAAACCUUAUAGCAUUCGCUUUUAUAUGGUCUAUAGGAGGAAAUUUAUGCGCUAAUUAUUGGACAUCUUUUAAUAAUGCCUUUAGAAAGAUGCUUACCCUCGCUCCUGUAUCAAUUAAUAUACCUGAAGAAGGAUCGGUCUUUGACUAUUGUAUAAACACAAGUGGAAAUGGUGAAUGGAUAAAAUGGAAAUCAACUACCGCUGAUAAAACGGGAAAUUACGUAUUUACAUCAACAGUGGAGAAAUGUUCUUAUUUAGCCGAGAUUUAUCUUCAAGCACACAAAACUAUAUUAAUAACUGGCGAAAAUGGUUGUGGAAAGUCAACAUUUGUCAAUAAGAUUCUCGCGCCAAAGCUUCAUCUUACUCCAUUUGCUAUGAACCCUCUUUAUGAGUCAAAAUCUUUUCAAAACCAACUUGCGGCCCACGUAAAUGAACUGUAUUCCAAGCAAGUAGCCGCUAGAAAGACCAAGUUACAUCAAUCGCCUGCUGAGAAUAUAAACUUUUUCAUUGAUGAUUUACAUUUAGCUACCGAAUCCGUUUCAGAAAUGCUAAGGCAAGCAGUAUGUGAACAACGGGUAUAUAGCGUUGACAAGAGGCGCCAUCUCGAUUUUCACAUAGCGUACUUUAUAUUAUCAACUUCGGUGUCUGGAGUAGCAGGUUAUGGAAAAACAACCUUCAUGAAUUCUCGAUUUUUAAGACAUAUAAACGUUAUUAAUUUGGGUCAACCAACAAAAGAAGAUUUAACUUUCAUCUUUGGACGUCGGGUACUUUCUUGGAUGGAGGAGUUUCCGACAUAUUCCAUUCCUAACGUAUCAAAAUUAGCCAGGGCAGUUGUUCAAGCAAGCGUUGAAGUUUACGAAGAAGUUCGGCGUCGUUUCCGUCCAACGCCGCUAACACCUCAUUAUAUAUUCACAAGCCAAAACUUAUACGACGUUAUCGGCGGUAUGACUCUAUUCACACCAAGGCCUAGAAUGCCAAAACUUUCAAUUGGUUCAGGAAGUGCUGCAACAGGUUCAUGUGUCAGAUCUAUUGUAAGGUUAUGGAUUCAUGAGAACAAUCGCAUAUUCUCGGAUCGUUUCGUUGAUAAAAGCGAUAAACACUGGUUUGAUGAAAUUUUAGAGCAAUCUCUGUCCAAAUAUUUCUGUUCAUCGGCGGAAACUGAGGACUUUUCACAACCUAUGGCGGCAAUACCCGAAGGUUUGGAUACCAGUAGUGAAGAGGAGGAAAACGACGACGAAGAUAAUGAAAAUGAACCUGAUCCAUUAUCUCCUCCUGUAAGACAACAAACAAAGACAACAUCGAAGCAGGACAGCUCAAGCAGGAAUCUAUCAAAACUGAAAGCCACAUCAAUUGAAUAUAGCCGAAACGAAGAUAGUUCGGUAACUAGCGAUUCUGAGGAGACCACAUACUCUCAACCAACGAGUUGUAGCAGCUCGACAACCUUAUUUGAAAAUACGGACGAAGAAAUUAGGCGAAUAGAUCAAUUGCAAAAGUUAAAGAAGAAAUUCUUCUCGAAAGGACAAACUUCCGCUACAACGGACGUUCCUCAACCACCAAGUAGGGGAAAUCAAACGUCUCGAAGAAGUAGUAAAAUGACAUCUAGAGGAUCGCAUCGUACCAGUGCCAAUUUUAGGGUUUUAUUCUCUGCCGAAUCAACAGAAGUUUCGGGUCCUUUAUUAAGUGUAAAAGAUGUUUUAGAAGAGAAGCUUUCAUCCUCCGAGAUAAUAUUUGCUCGUUUUGUAUUUGGCCCUUAUUUGGCAGUACCAAAUGAUAUUGGCGAUAGACAAUAUAUGGAGGUAAGCAAAAGAGAACUUGUCGAAGCUCUACAUAGAAGUGUAGAAGGUUUGGAAAACAUGAACUUUAUUCCCUUUGAACAAGCUGCUCUACACGUUAUAAGGUUAACUAGAUGCUUCAGUCUACAAGGCUCUCAUAGUUUGCUAUUUUCCUCUUAUCGGAAAUUCGGAAGGUCAACAUGCGUUAAGCUGGCUUGUCUCAUGUCCAAUUGUUUGUUCAUAGAGGGAAGUGACGAACAAACAUUGAAAAAUGCUUGCCAUGCUGCAGGUGUAUCCUGCAAACCUACAGUUGUAGUCGUUAAGAACGUUGAAGAUAUAAAAACCGUUGUUUGUAUUGUCCAAACUGGCUACACUCCUCAAAUGUUUACGGACGCUGAAAAAGCAGAUAUAGCUCUGAAUGUUGCCGGAGUUAAGGUGGCAAAAAUUGAUAGAAUUCACGCAGCGUUGUUGAAAUAUGUAAAGAAUCUACAAGCAAAUUUACACUUUGUCAUCUGUAUCGAUAGAAAUACGGAAAAUCUUCACAAUAUGACUGACUUCUCAAAUUUAAUGGCAAAUUUAUCACCAAUUCUCUCCAAAGGCGCUAUAAUCGAUAAUUAUGAACCUUGGACAACGGAAGCCUAUCAGUGUAUUGCCACCAAGCUAAUACCGUCGUCGAAUCAUCAAACUAUUGGUGAAGUUAUGGCUUAUAUACAUCAGACGUCUGGCGAUUUAUAUAGGGCACAAUUUCCUUCGCCGCCACGUUAUCUAUCCGCCUUCUCACUUAAAACAUUCUUUUGGUUUGUAGACGAAUAUAAAAAAUUAGUUGUUCAAUUGCAAGAGAGUGCCGAAGCUAAUCUUAUAGCAAGGAGAGACGGUCUAGGUAAAGUUUCGGAGGCAUUCGAUACAAUUGCCGAUUUACAAACAUAUAUCAAUCAAUGCCGAGAUAAAAAGAAAUCAUUUAGAGAUCAAAUCGAUCAAUUAAAAGAUCUAGUUGGGAAAGAGAGAGAUGAUUAUGUUCAAGCUUUGAAUCGUGUUAAAGAAGACGAAUCGAAUUUACAUCAACUUCAAAGGCCUCUAGAGGAAUUAAAAGAAAAGAUGAAAUGUGAAACAAAAAAGAGGAAACCAGACCAAUGGAUUCAAGGAGCACCGUCUGAUUAUGUUUACACUACUGGUAUUGACGUUCCAAGUUCUUGGCUUGAGAUAGAUCACAAUCAGAAUGAUUUUGAUAUGGCAGUAGCAGCUGUGAAAUCGAUUGAUCCAAGUUCCUUCUACGAAGUUCGGCAAUAUAGAGAACCCCCAGAUAUGGUUAAACAAGUGUUACAGCUGGUAGCUCUCCUAUUUGGAGAAGAGCAGUCAUGGAUGUCGGCUCGUCAACUAUUAAUGAGAGAUAAUUUCUUUACAGAUUUAGAAUUCUUUGACAGAGACAAUGUUGAUGAGAAAAUUUUAAAGGAGCUUGGUAAGAAAUUGAGACCUCUUCAUCCCGAAGCAGUAGAAGUUGUUUCAUUGGCUGCAUCUGCAUUCUCUAGUUGGUUGGGAGCAAUUUAUCGAUAUGCUGUGCAUACAAAAGGUGUUAGAGAUCUGAAAGCAGACGUUCAAAAAUUGGAGGACAAUAUAGAACAAGCAAAGGCGGAAUUAGGAAAGAAGAAGCUUCUAGCGGAACGAUUAAAGAAUGUUUUGGAAAGAAGUAUUGCCAAGCAUAAGCAAACUGUUGAAGCCAGUAAGAAAUUAGAGAAGCAAAUACAAUCGUUAGAGAGGAGAGUUGAUAGGGCUGAAGCUUUGAUGGAGACUAUGAGCGAACAACAACAAAGAUGGAAAACAGAAUUGAAAAAUGCUUCCCGCAAUGUCAAGUGCGCCUCUGGCGAUGCACUACUUUCAGCAGCAACCGUAACUUAUUUAUCUCACCUUCCUCAAGGUAUUAGAGUUCAUUUACUAAAUGACUGGAUUGAAAAAAUCCAACAUUGUGGCCUUCUUAUAAGAGAUAGCUAUGACUUUAUCGACGUCAUGACAACCUGGGAUGAAAGAAGAGAAUGGAGAUCGUCAAACUUUUCAUCGCUAUCAGAUAAACAAUCGUUGCAAAAUGCAAUUAUAUUACGUGAAAAUGGUUUGGACAAGAAAAAUGGAACAACGCUAGUUUAUGAUCCAGAUAAUGAAGCUGAACGUUGGUUGAGGACUUUAAACCACUCUACAUUAGUUGUUACAAGUGCUGGAGAUCCGAACCUGGAGAGUACGGCCAACGAAGCUCUAAUUAAAGGACAUACUCUACUUAUAAAACACGCCGAACGUAAUAAUAUACCAUAUAAGGUUAAAGAUAUGUUGAAUAGUAUUUUAAGCGAACGUCAUGACGAUUUUAAAGUUUUUGUCAGUUAUUGUACGCCUACUUGGAUGUCUAAAUCAGAAGAAUUCGGAGGGAAAUUUAUUGAUUUAACCUUAUCAGCAAAUGUUCAUUAUCGUUGCAUACUCGAUUCAAUAUUAACGUUUGAACGUCCCCAACACGCGGCUCAAUUGAGGUCGUUGAUGGCCGACGUUGAUCAUCACGAGGGAGAAGAAAGAUAUAUUAUAGCUAGUAUUGAGGCAAAGACAAAAGCUGUAAAUGGUUCAUUAAUCGAUGAUCCAUCUCUUUUGGAUAGCCUAGUUGAAUUCCAAAAGUUAUUAGAUGGUAUUAGGCAUUCAUUAUCCGAAACAAAACACCUUCAAGAAGAAUUAAUGGCCAAUGAAAUUCCCUACGAAAAAGUAGCCUGGUCAACGGCAAGAAUGUUUGCCGUAUUAAAUCACAUAGCAGCCUCUUUAAAACGGCGCACAUAUUACAUCAGUUGGAAGAACUUUGAACAGCUUGUAAAUGAUUGUCUAGUUCAAAAAUUUAGAGGUAAACACCUAUUCCCAAAUCCGGAAGCUAGAUCCGCGGAAUUGACUGAGGCCCUAACAAAUAUCGUAAUUAACGAUGCCCACCAACGUAUGAGUCACAUAGAUUCAAGACUAGUUGCUCUGCUGAUUACUUUUGACCGAAUGGAAUAUAAGAAAAGCAUCUCGAUUAAUGAUCUUGUUAGAUUUUCUCAUGGUGCUAAAUUGGAGAAGUUAAUCGAUAAUUCUGAAAUAGAAUGGUUAAACAAUGACACAUGGAAUAUAUUGGGCAAUUUAGAAAAGGAAUGUUCUACGUAUCGUAAUAUUAGAGCUGCAAUUGUUCAAGAUAAAGACAAGUGGGAGCAUUACUUUUACGGUGAUCGCCAAAUUCGUUUAAUAGAAGAUGUUCCCUCCUUCAAAUUCUUACAUUUAUCACCAUUUGACAAGAGUAUUUUAUGGAGGAUUUGUAGGCCUGAACUUAUUUGGGAAGUGAGCAGAGCUUUGAUUCUACACGAAUUGGGUAUUGGAGCUUUAUUAGACGAUGACGAAGUUAAACUGGAAGAGGCCUUCCAUAAAAGUUCACACUCAAAACCAAUUCUUAUCCUAGAAGAAGAGGAUACAUUGGGUGGUCUAAAAAUAGCCGAAAGCAUUCAGUUAUUAGCAAGAAAAAUGCAUAUAAAUAACCGUAUUCCAGUACUUACCUGUUCUAGCGAUGAUUUAUCAGAAUUUAAAAAUUCCCUAAUCGAUUGCCAAUCACAAGGUUAUUGGUUAAUCAUUCAGAAUGUUCAUCUUACCACAUCGUCCAAUCUUCAGAAGUCCCUAUCGUCGGUUCUCCAUUCUGCAGAUUCUGUUAAUCCGUCCUUUAGACUGUGGAUUUUGUCGACAUUGAAUAAUUCUGAAAAAUUACCAAUUGACCUGAUACUUGGUAGUAAAAUAGUUAUUUCUAAAUAUGAACCUAUUUCAAAGACUGCUAAAGGUAAACUUAGCCUAAUGAAUAGUAUGCACAAUUCAUUAAAGAAGAAACUGCCAUCUGUAAAUCGUUCACAUUUGAAAGAAGUCAAUGACUUCCUAAGGCAAGCCAAAGAGAAUAAUAUCACUUCGGCAAACAAUCCAAAAGCUAUUGAAGAGCUGAUAGAAAUUACCUAUGAUUGUUUUGAUGAACGAAUAAUAAAAUCAUCAGUUCAAGGAGCGAUAGAGUACGAUGAUGUACAAUUAAGUUCUCCUUGUUCUGGAACCAAUCCUGAGCUGAGCAAAGCUUUAAUGAAAUCUCUGAAGAAGGUUGUUGAUGGUGGCGAAAGCACGUACCAAACUCUAACUAGUCUUUGGAAUGAUCGGAAAACAAAGUUCAUUGAGUUAUCAAAAGAAAUGGUUACCGUUAAUGAGAAUGCUAAUAGUAUCAAGCAUAAUAAUACAAAUACUUUCUAUCCAAUAGAAGGAUUGAUGAAAGCAGCUAAGCGGCAAAUAAAAAUCGAUGUAAAAGAGGCAAUAGAUAAGAUUGAAUACGCCCUAAAGAUAGUUAAUGGUUUUGUUACAUAUGAUUCGUCAAUCGAUAACCAAAUGAUCAGAGCCAAUCACUUAAACCUUGCCACUGAUCACCUAAAAGAAGAUCGUAUAACGCUGGAGAGUUCUCCUAAUGUACAAAGUUUCCUGCAGAGUGUGAUACAUGAUUAUGCAAGAAGAAAUUUCAGAGAUGUAUCUUCUUGCUCGUUUGAGGUAUUAUUCGAGGAUGCGCCAAAGUCGCCAUACAAUAUUCAACUUAAUCAAGCCAUCCUUUUCCAUGCUUCCCUAGAUACUGAAAAUCAACUAACUGUAACAGUUGAAUCUACAGAUACAUAUACAAAGUUGCAAAAAUUUUCUCUAGUAGCUACGGCUAACAACAGUAAAACUCGUUCUCUGUAUCGAUGCCCACUUUAUUAUGAUGGACAAUAUUGCGUAGCAGUUCCUAUAAUUGUUAAAGACAACAAAACGGCAUGUCUUCUGCAACAGAGAGGUGCAUAUAUAAGCUGCCAAAGCUCAAUGUGCCAAUGUCAUAUUUUCAAAAGCAUUAGAAUGUAA